AUGGUCGAAGCAAUCUACAGUGUGUGGGUCGUAUACGGGAUCGUUGUAAAGGCAGAUGAAUCGCGUCAGGCUCGGAAUCCGGGUAUCACUCCAUCUAAAGGAUCGGCUGUAUCAAUCCCUCCACUUUUCACCCAUUCACCUUCUCCUUCCGAUUCACUACCACCGCUCCUAGCGGAGGCCACACCCUACCUGUCAUUCGCAAAGCCCGCUGUGAUGACAGCAUAUACCUUCAUCGAGUCCUCGAGGUCUUCAAUAUCCUCCUCAUCAGUUCAUUUAGCGACUUUUACUCCUUCUGCACCAACGGUCAAACAGACGAAGGGGCUUAGUAACGAAGCAAAGGUUGGCGUUGGUGUAAGUGUCGGUGUUCUUGGUUUUGUGGUUGUGUUUGUCGGAGUCAUCGACGCAUGUUGUCUUAGGGGAAAGAGGAGGGAAAGGGGUGUCGAGUAUGCCCGUGGGGAAGUGGAAAGAGGCACUAGCAAGGAAACCGAGGAACACAUUGUCCUGGAGAGUAGAGUUGAGGUCGUAUUCGCCGAUGAAGAUGAAGGAGGCAGGAAUGGCAUAUCGCUUGCGCGUAGAGAUUAG